AUGUCAUUUCUUCUUUUUGUUAGUUUUCUGCAUAAACUAUCUUUAUUAUUAUUAUUGCUUAUUAUUUCUCUCUCUCUCUCUCUCUCUCUCUCUCUCUCAUCUAUCUAUCUAUCUAUCUAUCUAUCUAUCUAUCUAUCUAUCUAUCUAUCUAUCACAAAUCUUCUUACAGAUAGGACUGUAAAUUUCAGUUUUACUAAAAAAGAUGUCAAUUACAAUGUUCCUGUGUACAUCCGAUCAAAGGACACGAAUGAAGUCGUUCUCAUGGAAACAUCUCCAAUUACGGAUGCGGCAUUCUACGAAGACCGAAUGUACGAUGCCUCAGUUACAUUAUAUUGCAAAGAACACGAUUUUUCAUCCCACUUACGGAAUUCUUGUAAUAUACAGUCACUGUCUGGUUUCUUCCAUUUAGAUGGGCACAAACACGUAAUCGAACCAGAAAAGAAAGUUUCCAAGCGUAUCAUAUUACAGGCCAGUCAAAAUCCUAAGAAUAAAUUCGUUCAAAGACAUCGAGUCUACAAAUUGGUUGGACAUAACCAUAGCUGUAAUGUCAAAGAGAGUUUUCAGUCUCUCAAGAGCAUCAUCAAUACGACUGUAAUACAUGAAAACAACAGAUUUAAGCGAUCCAAAAUAAAGUAUACAAUCGAAGUUAUUGCACUGGUCACUCAGGAGUCUAAUGAUAAAGAAACAAAGCUCACACAAAUAUAUUACACUCAUGUGUUUUGGGGGGUCAAUAAGCUGUAUAAUAAUAUCAACACGAACGAUAUGUUUAUUGAAGUGAAAUUAAUAGGAAUUAAUUUUGAACCGACUAAUACGACUCUCUACAAAUUUCCAGAAGGAACCAAGGAAGACUAUCUCAAUGGAACAUUGUCUCUGAACGCACUAGCUAAACAACAAAUGGUUAACAAGGCCGACCAUCUUGUUAUGUUUUCCAUACACAAUAUAUCAGAUAAUCCUUCAACUGUGGGUCUGGCGAAUGUCGGUGCCAUGUGCAAAAAAGGGAGUGUUUCUUUGUGUCGAGUUCUGAGAAGCUUCGAGGAAAUACACGUUGUCGCCCACGAAAUUGGACACAGCCUGAACAGUUUACAUGAUGGUGAACAAAACACCUGUUCUGAAUCCAAAAGUUACAUCAUGACAGCGAAAACCAUAAUUAAUCCUUCAAGCGAACAAACAUUAAACAGCUAUAAAUUCUCAGAAUGCAGCAUUAGAGCCAUAAAAUCUUACAUAUUAAGUUUGAAUCCAAAUAACUGUCUUUUACGUAAACUGUCUCAGGGAAUAAUGCCGAACAUACCCACUGGUAUUUGUUCAUCGAUUUACACUCGAAGUAAUUCUGAUAUUUGUCUCUCACUGCCAUGCCGUAAAGACAAAAAUCUUUGCAAGUCAGUUAUUCCUGCCUAUAAGACAACUUGUGGAAAUCAAAAGUGGUGUAUAUAUGGACAAUGUGUUUUCGAUGAGAAAGCACCCAAAGCUGAUGAAAAUUGUCUCUUUGGAGAUGACGAGAACAUGAACUUUAAUAUUCAGUAUCCGGGUGGGGUUGUCUACCAACCGAAAAACUGUACUGAUAUUAUAAAGCGGUUGCCAGAUUUCUGCACGAAACCCACACAAAGGAUAUACUGUUGCUACAGUUGCAAACAACUCGAAAACCCUCAACCCACGACAACCCCAUCUUCGUCUUCGUCAUCCUUGUCACCGUGGUCAGUGUCAUUGUGGCCAUUAUCGUCGACGUUGUCAUCGUCGACGUUGUCAUCGUCUAUGUUGUCAUCGUCGACUUUGUCAUCGUCGACGUUGUCAUCGUCGACGAUUGCUGCCUCUCCUGAGGCCGCUAAAAAUAUGAAAAGAAGCGUUUUUUUUUAUAAUGAUCACUUUUCCAACACCAUUUUCUUUCUUUCUUUCUUUCUUUCUUUCUGUCUUUCUUUCUUUCUUUCUUUCUGUCUUUCUUUCUGUCUUUCUUUCUUUCUUUUCUUUUCAACUUCUAUCACCUUUCCUUCUCUUUUUGCCCUCUUCUCUGUAAUACCUCUAUCACGCUUUUUGACAUAUUUCUCCCUAUCAUUAUUAAUAGAUCAUUCUCCUUUCCCCACUCUCUAUUCCCAUUUCCUUCCUUCUCGUUCCUCUGCCCUGCUCCUCUUCUCGUUCCUCUGCUCUGCUCCUCUUCUCGUUCCUCUGCCCUGCUCCUCUGCCCUGCUCCUCUUCUCGCUCCUCUGCCCUGCUCCUCUUCUCGUUCCUCUUCUCCUGCUCCUCUGCCCUGCUCCUCUUCUCGUUCCUCUGCCCUGCUCCUCUUCUCGUUCCUCUGCCCUGCUCCUCUUCUCGUUCCUCUGCCCUGCUCCUCUUCUCGUUCCUCUGCCCUGCUCCUAUUCUCGUUCCUCUGCCCUGCUCCUCUUCUCGUUCCUCUGCCCUGCUCCUCUUCUCGGUCCUCUUCUCGUUCCUCUUCUCGCUCCUCUGCCCUGUUACUCUUCUCGUUCCUCUCGCUCCUCUGCCCUGCUCCUCCUCUUCGUUCCUCUUCUCUCGUUCCUCUGCUCCUCUCCUCGCUCCUCUGCCCUGUUACUCUUCUCGUUCCUCUUCUCGCUCCUCUGCCCUGUUACUCUUCUCGUUCCUCUUCUCGCUCCUCUGCCCUGCUCCUCUUCUCGUUCCUCUUCUCGCUCCUCUGCCCUGCUCCUCUGCCCUGCUCCUCUUCUCGCUCCUCUUCCCUGCUCCUCUUCUCGCUCCUCUGCCCUGCUCCUCUUCUCGUUCCUCUUCUCGCUCCUCUUCUCGGUCCUCUUCUCGUUCCUCUGCCCUGUUACUCUUCUCGUUCCUUUUCUCGCUCCUCUUCCCUGCUCCUCUUCUCGCUCCUCUUCCCUGCUCCUCUUCUCGUUCCUCUUCUCGCUCCUCUGCCCUGCUCCACUCCCCUGCUCCUCUUCUCGCUCCUCUGCCCUGCUAUUUUAUAUUGGACAUUUAGUAUGA